AUGAAGAGCAACGCGCUCUCCCUCCUCACGCCUCCGAGAAGCAGCGCCAGGCUCUCCACCUCGACAACCGCUGCAGCCCGCAGAAGGUUAAACAGCGACGUUGUGCUGCGCUCCCGGGAUCCCAAAGUUCUGGCCAAGGCGUGGUCCAGGAGUGAGGAGAGGCAGCGCCCAGCCCUGAGGAUGGCUGUGAACGAGACAGAUGACUGUUCGCUGAUGAAGGGUGCCCUAGAAAAGUAUUAUCUUUCCACCAUGUACAGCCUUGAGUUCAUUUUAGGCUUCACUGGAAACACCAUUGUUGUGUUUGGCUAUAUUUUCUGCCUGAAAAACUGGAAAAGCGGCAACAUCUACCUGUUCAAUUUAUCAUUAUCAGAUUUAUUAUUUCUGUGUACUCUUCCAGUACUUGUGAACAGCUACUCCAGAGGUCAAUGGGCAAAGGAGAGCAUCUUCUGCCACAGCAAUAGAUUCCUGUUGCAUGCAAACCUGUACAGCAGCAUCCUUUUCCUCACCGUUAUCAGUAUUGACCGAUACAUGCUCAUAAAAUAUCCUUUCAGAGACCAUUUUCUGCAGAAGAGGAGAACGGCCGUUAUUGUGUCUGUCGCCAUAUGGACUGGGGUGAUACUGGAACUGCUGCCAUUGAUGUAUUUCCUGGAGCCUAUAUCACCUGCCAAUAAUUACAAGUGUCUUGAUUAUGCGAGCUCUGGAGACCCUGCGGAAAACCUCAUCUAUAGCAUGUUUCUGACUGUCUUUGGGUUCCUUAUCCCUCUUGUGAUCAUGUGCUGUUUCUACGUGAAGAUGGUUCUUUUUCUUAAAAACAGGAGUGAGCAACUCAGUUCCCUCCUGACACUGGAAAAACCUUUUACUUUAGUCGUCCUCACAGUGGUUAUCUUCUCAUUGCUCUUUACUCCCUAUCACAUAAUGCGCAAUGUCCGACUCGCUUCCCGAAUACCAGCCUUGAAUGUAUCUAAGUGUACGCAGAACAUCAUCAGCGCCAUUUACACCAUCACGAGACCCAUUGCGUUUUUAAAUAGCGCCAUUAAUCCUGUUUUUUAUUUCUUAAUGGGUGACCACUUCAGAGAGAUGCUGAUGGCAAAAAUAAGGCAGCUCUUGAGCAGGUUGACAACCACCAGCAAAUGA